GAUUGCUGAUCUGCUGGCCGAACAAGAGCGGAGUCAGCUGGCGUUGCAGGACCUAAAAAGACAAAACGCCCUCUUGUCCGUCCUUCUACUUCAGGCCAUAGAUGAAGCCAGCGUCCUGCACAGGGCGGUGCUGGCUCAAGAAACGGCUUGGAGAGAGAAAGAGCAGCAAAGAUUAGCGCUGGAGGAAGAAAACAGCGGCCUGAUCAAUGACCUGCACUUAUCGCGACGCGAAAAUAGCGUCCUGCUCAGUGACUUAUCUAACGCUGGAAAAAUAAUUCACAGGCUCCGAAAAUUCGUGUCCUUAUUCCAGGAAGAAAACCACGGCCUGCUUAGUGAUCUGUCUAACGCUAGGAAUGAAAUUGACAGGCAGCAAAAAGUCGUGUCUUUCUCCCGGCAAGAAAAUAACGACCUUAUCAAAGCGCUGGCCAUAUCCAAGGCUGAAAAUAACGAUCUUGUCAGAGCGCUGGACAUUUCCAAGGAUGAAAGUAUCGACCUUAUCAAAGCGCUGGAAAUCUCCAAGGCUGAAAAUAACGAUCUUGUCAGAGCGCUGGACAUUUCCAAGGAUGAAAGUAUCGACCUUAUCAAAGCGCUGGAAAUCUCCAAGGCUGAAAAUAACGAUCUUGUCAGAGCGCUGGACAUUUCCAAGGAUGAAAAUAACGACCUUAUCAAAGCGCUGGCCAUAUCCAAGGAUGAAAAUAACGAUCUUGUCAGAGCGCUGGACAUUUCCAAGGAUGAAAAUAACGACAUUGUCAAGGCGCUGGCCAUAUCCAAGGCUGAAAAUAACGAUCUUGUCAGAGCGCUGGACAUUUCCAAGAAUGAAAAUAACGACAUUGUCAAGGCGCUGGCCAUAUCCAAGGCUGAAAAUAACGAUCUUGUCAGAGCGCUGGACAUUUCCAAGGAUGAAAAUAUCGACAUUGUCAAGGCGCUGGCCAUAUCCAAGGCUGAAAAUAACGAUCUUGUCAGAGCGCUGGACAUUUCCAAGGAUGAAAAUAACGACAUUGUAAAAGCGCUGGACAUGUUCAAGGAAGAAAAUGACGACUUAGUCAAAGCGCUGGCCAUUUCCAGGGAUAAAAAUAACGACCUUGUAAAAGCGCUGGACAUCUUCAUGGAAGAAAAUAACAACCUUGUCAAAGCGCUGGCCAUGUCCAAGAAAGAAAAUGACGACUUUGUUAAGGCGUUGGCCAUCUCCAUGGAUGAAAUUAACGACCUUGUCAAAACGCUGAACAUCUUCAUGGAAAAGAAUGACGAACUUGUAAAAGCGCUGGCCAUCUUCAAGGCUGAAGAUGACGACCUUGUAAAAGCGCUGGCCAUCUGCAAGGGUGAUGAUGACGACCUUGUAAAAGCGCUGGCAAUCCCCAAGGCUGAAGAUGACGACCUUGUACAAGCGCUGGACAUCUGCAAGGCUGAUGAUGACGAACUCGUAAAAGCGCUGGACAUCUGCAAGGCUGAUGAUGACGAACUCGUAAAAGCGCUGGACAUCUGCAAGGCUGAAGAUGACGACCUUGUACAAGCGCUGGAUAUCUGCAAGGCUGAAGAUGACGACCUUGUACAAGCGCUGGAUAUCUGCAAGGCUGAAGAUGACGACCUUGUACAAGCGCUGGAUAUCUGCAAGGCUGAAGAUGACGACCUUGUAAAAGCGCUGGAUAUCUGCAAGGCUGAAGAUGACGACCUUGUACAAGCGCUGGAUAUCUGCAAGGCUGAAGAUGACGACCUUGUACAAGCGCUGGAUAUCUGCAAGGCUGAAGAUGACGACCUUGCACAAGCGCUGGAUAUCUGCAAGGCUGAAGAUGACGACCUUGUACAAGCGCUGGAUAUCUGCAAGGCUGAAGAUGACGACCUUGUACAAGCGCUGGAUAUCUGCAAGGCUGAAGAUGACGACCUUGUACAAGCGCUGGAUAUCUGCAAGGCUGAAGAUGACGACCUUGUAAAAGCGCUGGAUAUCUGCAAGGCUGAAGAUGACGAACUUGUAAAAGCGCUGGAUAUCUGCAAGGCUGAAGAUGACGACCUUGUACAAGCGCUGGAUAUCUGCAAGGCUGAAGAUGACGACCUUGUAAAAGCGCUGGAUAUCUGCAAGGCUGAAGAUGACGACCUUGUACAAGCGCUGGAUAUCUGCAAGGCUGAAGAUGACGACCUUGUAAAAGCGCUGGAUAUCUGCAAGGCUGAAGAUGACGAACUUGUACAAGCGCUGGAUAUCUGCAAGGCUGAAGAUGACGAACUUGUACAAGCGCUGGAUAUCUGCAAGGCUGAUGAUGACGAACUUGUAAAAGCGCUGGAUAUCUGCAAGGCUGAAGAUGACGAACUUGCACAAGCGCAUGAUAUCUGCAAGGCUGAAGAUAACGAGCUUGUAAAAGCGUUGGCCAUCCCCAAGGCUGAUGAUGACGAACUUGUAAAAGCGCUGGAUAUCUGCAAGGCUGAAGAUGACGAGCUUGUAAAAGCGCUGGAUAUCUGCAAGGCUGAAGAUGACAAACUUGUAAAAGCGCUGGAUAUCUGCAAGGCUGAUGAUGACGAGCUUGUAAAAGCGCUGGAUAUCUGCAAGGCUGAAGAUGACGAGCUUGUAAAAGCGCUGGAUAUCUGCAAGGCUGAAGAUGACGAACUUGUAAAAGCGCUGGAUAUCUGCAAGGCUGAAGAUGACGAACUUGUAAAAGCGCUGAAUAUCUGCAAGGCUGAAGAUGACGAACUUGUAAAAGCGCUGGAUAUCUGCAAGGCUGAAGAUGACGAACUUGUAAAAGCGCUGGAUAUCUGCAAGGCUGAAGAUGACGAGCUUGUAAAAGCGCUGGACAUCCCCAAGGCUGAAGAUGACGAGCUUGUAAAAGCGCUGGCCAUCCCCAAGGCUGAAGAUGACGAGCUUGUAAAAGCGUUGGCCAUUUCCAUGGAUGAAAUUAACGACCUUGUCAAAGCGGUGGCCCUCUCCAAGGAAGAAAAUGACAACUUUGUCAAAGCGCUGGCCUUCUCCAGUGAAGAAAAUGACGACCUUAUCAAAGUGCUGGACAUCUUCAUGGAAGAAAAUGACGACCUUGUGAAAGCGCUGGACAUCUUCAUGGAAGAAAAUAACGACCUUGUUAAAGAGAUGGUCAUCCCCAACGUUGAAAAUGGAGGACAUGCCGCCCAUGAAUCUGAGGAAGUCGGUCCUGCAGAUGACGAGCCCAAUCUUCAAACGUCACUCGUUCCCGUCGAGGAGGCCAAGGAUACAGAUGACUUGGAUUACAGUAUUGAGCACGUUCCAGUCGACGGAAUCUGUGACACUGACGAGGGCUAUCUACAAUAAUGACCACGAUAUGCUCUACUGAGCUCGUUCCUGUUGAGGAAUCCACCCCUCCCCCUCCCCAUCCUUCCCCCUCCCCAUCAUUCCCCCCGGCGAAACUCCCCUAUCGUCGGCCUCCCUAUCCUCAUCUUUUCCCUCCCCAUCCUUCCCCCCGACGUAACUCCCCUAUCGUCGGCCUCCCCAUCCUCAUCCUUCGUUCUCCCCAUCCUUUCCCCCCCGGCGUAACUCCCCUAUCGUCGGCCUCCCAUUCUA